AGUUUUUCCAAGUCAGGCCCCUGUCUUAACGAUAACUGCACUCUCCAAAGUCUCAAGCUUUAGCCAUUAAGCAGUGUUUCCAGCCUCGAAUUCGAAACACAAGAACAAAAAAAAUGGCGUUCACAGCGCUGCUUUUGUCGGCGACGAAGCUCUUUGGAAUGAUUCUGACAGUGUCUAUCGCAGCCAACGCUUUGUCUUUUUCUCGUUACCGGAAAAAGAAUCUCCGACGGUUCAAAUCUCCCAUCGACGAGUCCUCUGAUACGCUUGCUGAUUUCAAUGUCAACGGUGAGGGGGAAAAUGUGUUUUUCUUUGGAUUAGCAACAGCGCCGGCACAUGUUGAAGACAGGCUACAUGAUGCUUGGCUACAAUUUGCAGAAGAAAUUCCUUGUGACAAGUCAGAAACAAGUGAUGAUCAGCUGCAAGCUGAUGCAGUGAUGGGUGCUGCUGCUGAUGGUAGCUCUCAUCAAGCUAUAUUAACUGGGAAAGAGAUGGCUAAGAAGAAGAAGAAGAAGCCUCUUAAGGUAGCCAUGGAAGCCAUGAUAAGAGGGUUCCAGAAGUUUGUAGAGGAUGAGGUAGAGGAAGAAGAAAAAGCAGGAGGAAAAUUGCCUGCUUCAAAUGAGGAAUGCUAUCAUAAUGUAGCUGCAUGGCACAAUGUUCCUCACCCGGAGGAGAGAUUGAGAUUUUGGUCUGAUCCUGACACGGAACUGAAGCUGGCUAAAGAUACUGGCAUCAGUGUCUUUCGAAUGGGAAUAGACUGGUCUCGAAUCAUGCCACAGGAGCCAGUUAAUGGGCUUAAGGAUGCUGUUAAUUAUGCAGCAUUGGAGCGAUAUAAGUGGAUCAUCAGCAGAGUUCGCUCCUAUGGAAUGAAGGUGAUGCUCACAUUGUUUCAUCACUCGCUGCCACCCUGGGCUGGUGAUUAUGGUGGAUGGAAGCUGGAUAAAACUGUUGACUACUUCAUAGAUUUUACCAAGAUUGUUGUCAACAGAGUAUCAGAUAUGGUAGACUAUUGGAUAACAUUUAAUGAGCCUCAUGUCUUCUGUAUGCUCACAUAUUGUGCGGGUGCUUGGCCUGGCGGUCAUCCUGAUAUGCUGGAGGCUGCCACUUCUGCGCUACCAACUGGUGUUUUUAAACAGGUCAUGCAUCGGAUGGCUAUUGCACAUUCAAAGGCCUAUGACUGUAUACAUGAACAAAGCACAUUAUCAAACAAAGUAGUUGGGGUAGCACAUAAUGUAUCAUUUACACGGCCAUAUGGUCUCUUUGAUGUUGCUGCUGUUACAUUGGCCAAUUCUCUCACCCUUUUCCCAUAUGUGGAUAGUAUCUGUGACAAGUUGGAUUUUAUGGGCAUAAACUACUAUGGACAGGUUCUUUUUUCCAGCUUGACUUUUUUUUGCCCUGUUAACAGAACAAUGUUUUGUUCUGCACAUAUAAACCUAUUGACCUUACUCUUCUGGUGCCAGGAAGUGAUAUCUGGUACUGGACUGAAGCUAGUAGAGACUGAUGAGUACAGUGAAUCAGGGCGAGGGGUUUAUCCAGAUGGCUUGUUUCGAAUGCUGAUUCAGUUCCAUGAAAGAUACAAACAUCUUAAAGUUCCCUUCAUCAUUACAGAGAAUGGGGUUUCUGAUGAGACAGAUGUGAUCCGUCGACCGUAUCUUUUAGAACAUUUGCUUGCUGUUUAUGCAGCAAUGAUCAAGGGUGUCCCUGUGCUUGGUUACCUUUUUUGGACUAUUUCUGACAACUGGGAGUGGGCUGAUGGUUAUGGUCCCAAGUUUGGACUUGUAGCAGUUGACCGUGCCAAUGAUCUUGCUCGGGUGCCACGUCCUUCAUAUCACCUAUUUUCCAAGGUUGUGACCACAGGUAAAAUUACACGUGAAGACAGGACAAGAGCAUGGAAUGAACUUCAAAAUGCUGCUAAAGAGAAGCAAAAAAGACCCUUCUAUCGGGCAGUUAAUAAAUACGGUCUGAUGUAUGCAGGAGGCCUUGAUAGACCUACACAGCGACCUUAUAUUGAACGAGAUUGGCGUUUUGGACACUACGAGAUGGAAGGUCUGCAGGACCCAUUAAGCCGCUUAGCUCGAGGCCUUCUCCGACCUUUCUCUCUCAAAAAGAACAGAAAGUCCAAAAAAGUUGAUCCUGAAUUGGUUCUUCAGCCUCUUGAACUGAGUGUCUGAUUGCCUGUCCGAACUGUUCUUUUGUUUCCUUCAACAUUUCUACUUGAAGUUAGGACUAUUGCAUUUUUAAAUCAAGGUCUAUCAACUCCAAUCUAGCUAAGAAUCUUCUUUCCAUUUUAGUUCCUUUCUAUGGAAUGCUUAAGAUGCAGCCCCAUACCUUGAAUUUAUCUUUCUUCGGUUUGGCUUCUUCAGUCUGUACAGUUCCCUAAGAGGCAAAGACUCAUAUUCUUGUAAAGAGUGAUUCAAACAUGCAACCUUUCUUUUCCUUC